UUUCUUUUAAGGUCAAAGUUUACUGCAUGCGGAAGUGGCAUGUAGUUUGGAUUUUCUAUGAUUUUUCUAUGGAUGAAUUUUAGAACAUUCACAACUUACAUUACUAAAUCAGUAACGUUACAGUUAGUUUGUUGUUUUAGUUUAGCCAGGAGGCUAACUGAUGAUAGGCGGGUGUCGGUGAAAUCUACUGUGAUAACUGACGCACCCGGGCGUUGUUAAAAAGCUUUUCCUCAUGUCUGCUACAAUGACCACCAUUGUCCAUGAUACUACAGAGGCAGUGUGCCUCUCCUCUGAGUACAACCUGUACCUCAAGCCCAUUGCCAAAAUGACAGUCAGUGUUGCUCUGCCCCAGCUCAAGCUGCCAGGCAAGAGCAUCUCCAACUGGGAGGUAAUGGAGAGGAUAAAGGCCAUGGUAGCUCCAGAGCAGUUUUCAGCCCUGCGAAUCUCCAAGAGCACCAUGGACUUCAUCCGCUUUGAGGGGGAGGUGGAAAACAGGACGGUGGUCAAGAGCCUGCUGUCCCGCUUGGAUGCGAAGAGCAUCAAACUUAGUGGAUUUACUGAUGUACUGAAGGUUCGUGCGGUGGAGAACAAAGUGGACUUCCCUACACGUCACGACUGGGACUCCUUCUUCCGCGACGCCAAGGACAUGAAUGAGACUCUGCCGGGAGAGAGGCCUGACACCAUCCACAUGGAGGGACUUCCUUGCCGCUGGUUUAGCCUGAAGGACAGCCCGUACCCAGACCGGCCCUCUGAAGAGGUCCUCACUGCGGUCUUCCAGACAUUUGGCAAGGUGCGAAAUGUUGACAUCCCCAUGCUGGACCCUUAUAGGGAGGAGAUGCUGGACAAGAACUUCAACACAUUCAGCUUCGGGGGUCAUCUGAACUUUGACGCUUACGUCCAGUACCAGGAGUACUGCGGCUUCACCAAGGCGAUGGACACUCUGCGCAGCAUGAAGCUGAUGCUGAAAGGAGACGAUGGAAAGGCAGUGGCCUGCAACAUUAAGGUGGCCUUUGACACAAGCAAGCACCUGAGUGAGUUGGCUCUGAAGAGGAGGGGCCUGGAGAGGCUGAAGUUACAGGAGCUGGAGAGGCAGCGAGAGGAGCAGAAACGACGGGAGAAGGAAGAGGAUGAGCGGCGUAAGGAGGAGGAGAGGACACAGAAGGAGCAUGAAGAGGAGGAGAAGGAGAGGAGGAAGGAAGAGAGGUUACGAAAGCGAGAGCAGAAGCUGCGGGAGAGAGAGGAGAAGAAGAACCUGAAGAAGGUGAGGCGACAGCAGGAAGAGGAGCAGAAGAAGCUGCAGAUGAAGAUCGCCAUGGAGGAGAGGAGGCUGCUGCUGGCUCAACGCAACCUGGAGUCGAUACGUCUCAUUGCUGAGCUGCUGGCCAGAUCCAAGGCCCUGAAGCAGCAGGAGCAGGAGAAAGAGAGGGCCGAACGGGAGGAGCUUGAAAGGCAGGAGCAGGCUCAACAGAAGGAGGAACUGGCUCGUCUUUAUCAGCUGGAGACCCUCCGACGCAAGCAGGAGGAGGAGCUCCGGAGGGUGGAAGUGGAGAAGGAUCGAGCAAUGGAGCUCCAGCGCCGUGAGAAGGAGAUAAGGGAGAGACUGCUUUGCAACAUGUUAAAGAAGAGCAGCGGUAAAACCACAAGAUCUCCGGGCACACAGGACGAGGCCGGCCCUGUAACGAGCGAGGAGGCCUCUGAUCCCGGUGGCGAUGAUGUGACGUUGGGGGUCAUGGGCCGGGUGUACGGAGUAAAGGCAGUUGAGAGCAAAGAGAAGCAGGUGUCCAAAUCUAGUGGGCAUUCACAAGUUUUGGGGAAAAACAAAGUGAUAGAGGAAAGGAGAGGAGGGGAGGACCGGAAGAAAGACCGAGAAGGAAGGCGGGACGAGGUGGUGAGGAGCAGGCACAGUAGGGAGCAACCAAGGAGCCGGGAGCGCUCCCACAAAGAGAGGAGCUCCCACAGCCGAGGUAGGAGGAAGCGCUCCCACAGCAGGAGGAGAAGGAGCUCCAGCCACCAUAGGAGGAGCUCCAGUCGCCAUAGGAGGAGCCUCAGUCACCGUGGCAGCAGGAGGCGCAGUCAGAGCCAUUGCAGCAGGAGCACAAGCUCUAGCCGGGACAGGAGCCGGAGCAGCAGUGGGAGGAGUUACAGCAGAGGGAAGAGCCACAAGCACGGGCACUGUAGAUACAGCAGAGGCAGCUCUAGGACCAGCAACAAAAGUAUAGACAGGAGGAGUCCCAGCCAUAACAGAUACAAGAGACACAGCAACAGUAGAGAGAGGAGCCACUUCAGACGAUGCUAGUCUCAUUGAUAUUAUCAGUUAUUGAUUAAAAUAUAUCCCCCAAUUCUGGGUUCACACCUAAAGUUCAACAAGCUUAAUAAAAAAACAUAAAAUCUUAGAUAGAAAAAAUAAAUCCUGUAUAAAAUUCAAAUGAACUCCAGAGAAUGAACUGAAACAACAUGUGUAAGUGUACCCUGUAUAUGUAAGGCAUGUUAAUUGUUGCGGUUGAUUCUAGGGAAAUGCUUUUUACCUUUUCAUUUCAUACUGUUGGAUUGAAGCUGCUGAUAUCAGUUCAUUUGUCAUUUACAUUUAACAAUUUCAUGGCAUAAAACACCAAACUUUGUAUUUGGUUUCUAGAAUAUGUUUUGACGUGUGAAAGACUGGACUACACUAAAACUCUUAACAGGAAUAAAUAACAAGGUAUUUUAAUUUGAUUCAAAGUCAGUGAUCCUCUUCAUAAUUAUUGAUAUUUCAUUGGACGUUGAGAACAUUGAUGGAUAAAUGUUCGAAUUAAAGGCUAAUAUUAUUGGCUCACAUGAAGAUCGACAACAGUCAAACCUCCAUUUGUUGCAAUCCAGUUGUCUUUAUGCAUGAAUAACUGAGUUAUAGAAAAAGUGUCAAGUCCAGAGAACAAAUUGUAUGUUAUUUAGAUGUGGCACCAGCUGGAAGCAGGAAGUUUCACACACACUUUCAGACCUCGUGGCUGCUGUUGCAUUGUAAAUGUGAAGUUUCCGCAAACGCACCUCUAUGUUUAGACUGACCUGCACACUGACUGAUUGUGUUAGCUGCCAGAAAUGUUCUUGAAAUACUGCUUCAGUAUUGGCUGUGUUGAUGAUAAGCAGCUCAGAACAACACACUCGUCGUCUAGCUCAACGGAGCGGCAACAUUUCUGAUGGUCACAAAGUUUGAGCUGACAAAGAUUGAUUUCUUUUAGUUUCAUUUUAUACUUUUUAAUGUUUGGAAGAAGUUUGAAAAUGCGAAGUGUUUAAAGUAAUGAAGGCAUAUUUCAAUAUUGGACUUGAAUACAAGUUAUUGCUUUGAGACUCAUCCAAAUUCUUAAAAAACUAUUUUACAAGUCUGCUUCACAGUUUAAUCAUUGUUUUAGGAAACUAGCUUCUUGGAUUCGAGUCAAACCAGCGACGGUACCAUGUACAAUUUAGAUAUUAGGAUGUUACUCCUACUUUUAUUUUUACAAUGUAGUGCUGGAUACAUUUCUUGAGCCUUAAUGGUAACUGUACAGACUGUGCUCUUUGCUAUGUUGCAGCUUUGGGGAAGUAAGUCGAGUCCAAUAGUUUUGUUGAAACUGCUACAUCAUCAUUGUUCCUUGUUACGGCAAAGCCCAUUCGUUCUGUGUACUGUAUGAUCAUGAUCUACUGGGGAAUGUCUUGCAUACACAUUGUUUAAAUAAAAAUUUACACUAA